AUGUCCCGCGCCCUCGCAGCCGUCAAGUCCCUCGACCACCUCGUCCUCACCUGCGCCUCCAUCCCCCGAACCGUCUCCUGGUACACCAAAUACCUCGGCAUGAAGCAAGACGUCUUCACGCCGCCCGCCACUCCCAAUACGCAGCGCGUGGCCCUCAAGUUCGGCACGCAGAAGAUUAACCUGCACGAAAAGGGCAAGGAAUUCGAGCCCAAGGCGUUGACUGCGCUGCCUGGCACGGCGGAUCUGUGCUUCUUGGUGGAAGAGGGCGUGGAUUUAGAUGAGGUGAGGGAGGGCUUUGAGAGGGAUGGCGUGGAGGUUUUGGAGGGCGGGAAGGUUGUUGCGAGGACGGGGGCGGUGGGGAGGAUUAGGAGUGUUUAUGUGAGGGAUCCGGAUGGGAAUUUGAUUGAGUGA